AUGGAUGCAAAUACAGGUAUGAUUGGUCCACCAGCAACUUGUCCAUAUCCAGAAGGAACAGGAUAUCAAUUUAUAUUACAAGGAGAUUUACCAACAGCAGUUGGAAAAGCUGUUUUUUGUAGUACAAAAAAAGGAAUUGGCUGCCCUGUUGGAGGAUAUGAAUGUAUCCAAGUAAUAUCUCUUUUUAUGCGUGAUAAAACAUUUGAUGGUAUCUGCUGUCCUGGAAAAGAUAUAGUUUGUUCUCAAAGACGGUCAUCCUAUACAGAUAUUGAAGAUGAUGUAGAUGGUUGGUUACUUCGAUGGCAUUAUAUUGGAGAUGAUUGUCGAUCAUUUAAAUGGAAUCCUGAAAUAAAAUCUACUGCCAAUAUUUUUAUCACAAAAGAGGAAUGUCUCUCAACAUGUUUAGGAUUAUAA